AUGAAUAUGGACAAAGCCCUCUGUGAUCUAGGUGCAAGUGUGAGUCUGAUGCCUUUGUCAAUAUGUAAGAAGCUUGAUGUGGGGGAACUUAAGCCUACAAUAAUUUCAUUGCAACUGGCUGAUCGAUCUGUGAAAUACCCUAUGGGCAUUCUAGAAAACAUCCCUAUCAAAGUUGAAAAAUUCUCUAUCCCAGUUGAUUUUCUUGUACUGGAAAUGGAGGAGAAUGUCCAAAUCCCUAUAAUCCUAGAAAGACCUUUUUUAGCAAUUGCUAGAGCUAUCAUAGGCAUUAAGAAUAUACUGCUAACUCUCAACAUAAGAGAUGAAGAAGUGGAGUUCAACCUGGUCAGCGUAAUAAAACACAAACUUGAACCUGAUGAAUGCUUCAAGGUUGAUAUAAUUGAAAAGCAAAUUGAAGAGGAAUUCAUUAAAGCAUACCUUGAAAAUCCUCUAGGAGCAUCCAUCGUGCAAAACCGUCUAGAAAAGCAAGACAUCAGUAUCAAGGAGGAGCCUUCAGUUGAAGUUCCACAAGAUCAAAACUGCAGAUCCUCUUUGGUUCUUUUGUUUUAUUUCUUUUAG